GAGCCAUGACCAGGUCUUUGGAGGAGAGUGGCGGGAAAGUCACCCAAUUAUCAGAUUCGGUAGCUUUCUUCAAAAGUAUAAUUCCUGAUACGAGAAAAGCCAUUGCAUCAGCUGAAAAGUCCAUUGACAUAUUAGAGAAUAAAUGCCAGCAUCUGGAGGAUAUUAUUUCUGCUAAGGAUAGGAAAAUUAUCGCUCUUGUUGAUCAGAUCAUUUCCAAAACAAAGCAUAAUGACGUGCUAUAG